GGGUCUUUGCGCUAGAGCUCCGACCCUCCGAGGUCUCUCGCCGCUCGGUGAGGUGGGUUAUCAGCGAGCGCGGGGCCCGGGGGGAGCUGUCUUAUCUUAUCGCCAUUUACCUAGAGGUGAUCACCUCAGCUUGGGAAAUCUUUCCUCCGAAGAGCCCGAGCUCUGAGGUUCCGGGGGUGGGGGUUCCGGUCGGAUGAAAGCUCCAUCUUUUUGUCUCCCAUCGUGCCGGCCGUCACGUUGGAGACUGCCAACCGUUGAUUCGUCAAUUGCAAACAUCUUUGGAGACGAAACCCACGAUAGCUUCGUGCAGCUCAACGACACUUCACCGAACAAAGCAGUUGAGAUUAUAGACACGAUAGAACAAAGGGGCGAGGACCACCGCACGAUGGAAUGGCCAUCACCAACCCCCCGAUCGCCACCGCAGCGGCGACCGCAACAGCAACAGCAGCAGCGGCCGCAGCCCACCACCUCUUCCUCCACCCGGUCCCGAAACCCAUAAGCUUUCUCGAAUUCUUCGAUGCCCUCCGCGCCGCCACCCCUCCGCGCUUCCCUCAUGCCCGCACCGCCCAGCCGCGCCGCAUCGGCCUCGCCGUGUCAGGCGGCGUCGACUCCAUGGCUCUAGCCUACCUCUUUAACCAGCUGCGCGAGAUCAACCCCCUCAUGCGCGUCGUCGAUAAUCCGCUCGCGAAAAUAUCGGCCUAUGUCAUUGACCAUGGCCUGCGCGAGGGAUCCCGCGAGGAAGCACUCACUGUCGUGAAGGAGUUGCGGAAUUUCAAGCACAUACGGCCGCAGUGGGAGACGGUUAAUUGGAAGGCUGAGGGCGUGACGGGCGAUCCGAACCUAUUGCCCAACGUCGAGAGCCUCGCGAGAAGGGUGCGGUACCGCCGGCUGGGAACGCUGUGUCUCGCGAUGCACGUCGAGAGUAUCUUCCUCGCGCACCACCAGGAUGAUCAGUACGAGACCGUUCUGAUGAGGUUACUCGCCGGCCACGGGAGCCGCGGGCUAAGAGGGAUGCUCAAGGCCGGGAAUAUACCAGAGUGCUACGACAUGCACGGCGUCUACGAGAGCGGUCACGUUGACGACCAGAUGAUGCGGAUCCCGCAGAUUAGCUUCCGCCCGCCGAAGCGGGAUUGGAGGCACAUGCGGCGGCAGCUCGUCUCGGAGCUGGAUCUGGAGUUGUACGGCGCCGAGUUGAGGGCGGGGUUGCAGACGGGGUGGCAUGAGGGACCCUACGUCGGCGGCGGCGAACAUGACAGCUCUGGGAGCGAUUGGCUGUUCUCGGCGGCGAGUUCUGCGUCUGCGAAGGCGAGGGCGGCAGCGGCGGCGAGGAAUAUGACGAGGAUACGGACCGAGGAGGCUGGUGUGAUGAUUUAUCGUCCGUUGCUCGAGUUCAGCAAGGAUCGGCUGAUUGCGACGUGCGAGGCGAAUAAUGUGCGCUGGUUCGAGGACGCGACGAAUAAAGACGUGACGCUGACGACGAGGAACGCGGUGCGGCACAUGGUGCGGAAUCACAAUUUGCCCGCGGCGCUGCGCAAGGAGAAUGUGCUGAGGAUGUCGGCGCGGUGCGGGGCCAAGUUGAGGGGUCUGGAGCGGGAGGCUGAGAGGUGGAUCAAGGGGCAGGUUGUCGCGGAGUUUGAGCCGAACGUCGGGACGCUUGUUGUUCGGCUUCCCGAGCUGGGUGUCUUUGGUCCCGGCCCGGGACGAGGGCGCGAGAGGGGAAGGAAGUCGGCCAACGACGGCGUGAGAAGGGAGUUGCGGCUCGCGCACCGGAGGGCCGUCGCCGGGUUUGUCGUAAAGAGACUCGUCGCCUUCGUCUCGCCCGAUCGGAACCCGCCGCAGCACACAUCCCUCCAAAACAUUGUCGCCAAACUCUUCCCCACCCUCGUAGAAGACUCUCCAUCUUCCUCCGCCUCAGUCCCAACGGCACCGCCCAAGGCCUUCAACCAAGCCUCGGUCCUCUUCCUCCCCCUCGCCCCCUCAAAAUGGUACCUCGUCCGCGAACCCUACCCCUCCCUGCACCCGCACCCGCAAACGACCUACACGACGACUUCCAACAUCAGCGACAAGCACCGCCACCCGACCUUCCCGCCCACGCAGUGGGAGUGCGCCGAGGACGCCGAGUACAUGUCGCGCGAGCGGCUCGCGCUGCUAGACCGCAUGCCGCUCCCGCAGCCAAAGUUCCGCGAGACGAGGCGGUGGUACGCGCGGCGGCGGUUCAAGCUCUGGGACGGGCGGUUCUGGAUCCGGGUGAGAGGUCGGGUGAAGGCGUAUUUCCGGAUUGCGCCGUUUGCACCGAUUCAUGGCAAGGCUUUCCGGGAGGGUCUUGGGGGUGGGGGGAAGAUUGGUGCUGCUGUAGAGAGGGAACAGCGGGAGAGUAAAGAGGAGAGGGAGAUUCAAGCUGCCCCUGGGAUCGGCGUCACGGGCGGUCGCGGCAGCAGCACCAGUUCCACAAUGAGCGCCGCCGACCGCAGGGCAGAGUUUGAGGGCAUACUGAAGCGUUUCGCGCCAGGUAAAGUACGGUAUACCCUCCCCGCGCUCUACGCCGUCAACCGCGACGAGCAGACCGGCGAAGAGGUGCUGAGGAUGCUUGCCCUACCGACACUGGGCGUCGGGUUACCUGGUUUGGAGAGGUGGGUUCAGUACGAGGUGCGGUACCGCAAGGUUGAUAUGGGCUUGUUUGAGCGCGAGACGGUGGGUAGAGGCGGUAGAGGCGGCGGUUGGGGUCGCAUGCCACAGAGACGUGGCGGUGGGAGUGACGGGUGGAGUGGCAGUGGGAGUGGAAGUGGUGGUAGAAGCCAGAGCAGCAGCGCCGUUUUCGGUGGUGCUGUGCUGCGGAGACAUGUUUUGGCGGAUGGCACGGCGGAGGAGAGGGUUUGGAAGCGGAUUAGUGGGAUUCGGAGGAGGAAGAGGAUGAUGACAGCAGUGGUAGUGCGGAAGAAGAAGAAGCAGGAGGAGGAGAAGGGUAGGAGAGUGAGUUUUGGUGUUUGAGGUCUGCUUGAUGAGCACGAGAUACCCCCCUUAUUUACCUGUAUUUGCAUAGACCUUCGGUAGCAAUACGUCAUUAUAUCAAAGGAGAUGAUCUGCCAGUCACUGUGAACGCGAAGACGUAUGAGAGAUGUUGAUG